GCGUAGGGAGCGAAUGUGGUGGAGCAGCUGACUAGAUCGUUGCACAACCUUAUUGUGAUGUUGUGCCAAAGCAGGUCCUCGGUGGAGAUUCAAGAUUACUGACUGACACACGGUGCUAACGGAACGAUGUGUUUGUUAUUGUGAUAGCCUGACAUUCGAGUGAUUUUUCAAACGCUUCUUCAUUAUAUAAUGCACUCAUUGUGGUUAACUGGGAGACUGAUUUCUCGUGCUAUUUUCAAUGGGAUCACCAACUUUUCCACGGCGGCCGAUCCGAACGUCCAGAGGACACCCGACCCCCAACUCGUGUCGGCCGUUUGUGGCUUUCCCAAGGAGAGAGGAAUACAGAGACUGAUCAAGGGACAGUUCGGGGAUGACGCAUGGUUCACCGCCAAACACAAGUCCGCCGAUGUUUUGGGUGUCGCCGAUGGAGUCGGCGGUUGGAGGGCCUACGGCAUCGACCCGGGCGAGUUUUCCCUUCACCUGAUGCGAACCUGCGAGCGUCUGGUAAAACUGGGUCGUUUCACCCCAACAAACCCCUCAGACCUGCUAGCCAGGAGCUACUGCGAACUCCUCCACCACAAAAAAGCAAUUUUAGGAAGUAGCACGGCGUGUGUGGUCAUUCUUAAUCGUGAUAACAACACCCUGUAUACGGCGAAUAUCGGGGACAGUGGCUUUAUGGUUGUGAGGAAGGGUAGGAUUAUACGUAAAAGCGAAGAGCAGCAACAUUAUUUCAAUACACCCUUCCAAUUGUCGUUACCACCUCCUGGUUAUCAAGCGGAUGUGUUGUCAGAUCAGCCGGAUUCUGCCAUCACUGAUAACUUUCCAGUGGAGGACGGGGAUGUCAUUUUGGUCGCGACCGACGGCGUGUUCGAUAAUCUUCCCCAGAAUUUAAUCGUCGACGAGUUGAAAAAGGUUCAAGGCGAGCGGUGCGCCAGUCGGCUUCAGAUGGUAGCCAACUCCAUAGCGUGGAUGGCUCGCAAUUUAUCCUUCGACGAAACGUUCAUUUCACCAUUUGCCGAAAGUGCUUUUGCCAACGGUAUCAACACCAUCGGUGGGAAACCGGAUGACAUCACCGUCUUACUAGCGACAGUCGCAAUAUGAAGGAAAAUGACGCAAGAUUAAGAAUGUGAUGUGGGUUUUUAUUUAGCAUUAAUUUUGUUUCUGAAUCAGGUUUACAGCUGUAUGUGUAAAGUGAAGUACAGCUUACCGGUUAUUACAAUUAAUUAACGAAGUUAUUGUAAUCGGUUCCUUUUUUGCUAUACUCUUUUUUUUUAUUAUUUAUGAACGCCUUGUGUAGUGCUUUUGCUCAUGCUUCUCGAUAGAGGGCGUCGUUGUACGGAGUUUACUUUAGGCAAGUUGAAGUGCUAUUACUUAGUGUCUAAAAGACAACAAACGCGAUUUUAAACCAAAUCAUUUCACAAACCUAAUAUUUAGGUUUUUAUGUGAUUAUUUUUUUUAAGUUUAAAAUCAUACAAGUCUAUACUCAUCACUCGUUUUAUUUGUGCAAGACUCUGUGAACGCAAUCUUUAGUUAAAUAAAUAGUUGUUACAAGUAAGAUAAA